ACGGCCAGGUGGCAGCACCUGCCGUGUGGCAACACGCCACAUACAAUACAAUGACCAUAUUUGGGAGUUGCUAAGAGCAACAUUGUAGUUUACAAAUGGAGGUCAUGUCUUGAUGUAAAUCUGUACAUUGUAACCUUUAUGUACUGGAUAAGGCCUUCCUGAGUAUCAAUGAGGCAUGGACUUAGUGAGAUGAAUGAAAUGUAAAGACUUCUCGCAUUUUAGACGAAUUUAGUCGGAUUUUAGGAUACAUCAUUAGGAAUUUUGACAGACCCUUGUUAAAAAUGACAGGUGUUGUAGCCCAGCGGGUAGUUUUGUCCGAUUCUAAUUUCAAAACACGACCUGAAUUCAGGUCCUACUUAAAGACUGAUAACAACUGUGGCAACAAUGUUGUCCGGCAGAUUGAAGAAAAACGCCGCAUCAGACAAAUGAAAUUCCCGACGCUGCGGGGACGAAAAGACGUCGACUCGUUUCAAUCCUCCACUCCAUCAACACCUGGGUUUAAAAAGUAUAACGAUGAAGGCGAUCAUCGUGUCCCAGCUCCAUUUCGUUCAUUCGAUAAUAUCGUCGAUCCAGUUUCUGGGUUCGUCAGUGCAGGGGGUGACCUUGACAGGAAUACUGGAGUCCAGGGUUUGAAAUGUCUCGCUCAACUAAAUCUAACGCCCCAGGCGACUAUUCCUCAGGAAGUUCAUUCGAUACGUAAAGGAAUGCGUGGUGCCCCUCCACCUACAAAUCGAGAAACGGAAAGGGACCCACCGGCGCCAUAUGCGUGGAACAGUCGUGAGAUGUCAGAGAGGGCCAUCAGGGCGGCCCUGGGAGGUUGGACCAGUGAUGUAGAUCCAAGGAAAGCUCAAGAGGAAAAACUCAGGGGAACAGAGAAUGUCCCAAAGACCCCCUCAGCAGCAGCCAAGGACAAGCGAGACCAGUUAGCCCUCAAAUAUAUGUACACAUCCUCCACACAAAGACAGUACGAAGACUUGCCCUGGGACAGUAUGCUGCACCCGCGGUUAUGGACAAAGCCGACCACAUUUGAGGGUAAGCCGGACAAGGUCUCACAGCGAUGGACAAUUAAGCGAUACGAACCAGCAGCUGAUGAGUGGCAGCAUCCGGGAAGAGCAUGGGACUGGUUCCAGCACAGAGAUACAUACUUUGGAAAUAGGCCUGCGACAUUCUGCAGUGCCAACCCCAGAUCCCAACAGAUUCCUGGUUAUAGUGGGGCUGUUGGUGGGACAAACCUUGGUGAAAUUGACAAUGCGGGAGAAUCCUUCUCGCCACUAACAUGUAAACGGACCCCUCUUCCAAGACCAACGGACACAUCACACCGUCCUAAUAUCCCUGGUUAUAAGGGUUGUACUUGGUAUAAGCCACAUACUGCUCCAGCUCACAGUAACAUGUCUGAUCCAAUACCGCAGACUACAGCUAGAGUACACAGAGAACUCCCAUUGACAGCAACGCCAAGCACAACUGAGCACAAACGAGACUCGCGCAUGUCUAAAAUGGUCACCACAGUCCCUCCCUGUAACCCAUUCAAUAAAGUAGACAAAGAAGAAGUUUGAAGUUAUUUUUUGACUGUCCUGGGGGAUUUUAAAAUGAUUUUAAUACUCUGGAGGAUACUAUAAACAUGGAAAUAUUUGCAUGCCUUUUAUUUUUACGUUUCACAUUUUGCAGAAAAUGAAAUAAAAUCGAAAUGAAUGAAUGAUCCCAAUAUCUUUUGAAUUAACUUGUCCCUAAGGCAUUUCAUUUUCAAAUUGAUGUUGAAGACAUAUCCACCUGCCUGAAAAUCAAUCAGAUAUCAAAAUCCUGUCAAUUUCGGAUGGGACAAAAAGUAAUGAAAUUUUGGAUAUCUUAAAAAAAUUACAGUAUGAUAUCAAACAGAUAACAGUAGGAUAUCAUAAAAAAGAUAUCCAAUUGAUAUCUGCCCAUAUCUGCAUUUGGAUGUCCGUUUAUAGUUGUCUAUAUUCAAGGAUAUCAAACGGAUAUCAACAAUUUCUAUAUUCCUGUUAAAAUUUAUGUAGCUAGUAUAGUGAAUUAUAGUUCUAGUCAGUUUAGCCAAUAUUAAGGGGAUGCAUUCUUCUGUCAUGGUGGACCUAUACUCAAUGAAACCAACAGACUGAAUUGCGGAAUUGGACACUUUGUUGUCAGUUUCCGGAUUGAUAUGAAUAUCGACAUUAUUUCAACAGUCAUGGGGAGGUAGGUUGUUUAGUGCCUUUGGUUACUGGUCUGCAAGCUGGGAUCUCAUGUCUUGAAGUGUAUGCUCAGUGGGGCCUAGUAGUUGUUGUUUUUUUCGAUGAAACUAUAUUAGUAUUUGGUCUUGUUAGUAUGGAACAAAAUUAGCCGUCCAAUUAUUUUUGUCUUCCAACAGGCCUAGUUGUAUCAUUUAAUGCUUAAUACACUUUCAGGCAUAUAUUGUUGGUACUAUCUGAAGUAAAGUUUUAUGAGUUCGGAUGUGCUUAAUCCAAUUUUUUGGUAAAACUGAAAUCCUUGAGCAAUCCGGUAUUAUAACUUAGAGUGGUGAUGAAAAAGGAUUAUUAUAAGUUGUCCGAGUAGAAAAACAAGGGAACUAUUCAUCCAAAUUUGAAUGGGUUUUACCAAGUCUUAUUUCUGUCUUCAUCACAUCAGUGUGGCAAUUUUGUUGUGAGUGCAUUUUCACUCUUGAUUUUCUGUGAUUAAUGAAACUUUUCUGUUUGUAAAUAAAUGUGUGUAUGUGACCCGCCACAUCAAAUUCGGUUGAACUGUCCGCUUUCUGAUUACCCCAUAAUCAGCCCAUUAUCUAAGUACUCUGCCAAUAUGGCAAACACUGACUUGCUAUCCAUUUUGGUGUGAUAGGUCACAUAUUUGUAGUGUUGAUAUUUAUAUAUAGUUAUGAUCGCUAGUUUCUUUCGAUCCAUAAGGAGGAGUGGUGUGAGUUGUUCCUGGGCCAAAUCUAAGCGUGCGAUGAUAUGGAGACAUUUUCAAAUGUAACGUGACAUGAAAAACGAACAAGUCAGUUUCAAAGAGUGGGCUACAUACGAUUCACUCAUCUUAAUUCACCCUCGUUGGAAAAAGGUGACAAUGUUGAAACCACUUGAGACAUCAUUUGUCGAGUAGCCUACCGGUACUGAAACCAGCCAUUGUAUAUUGUAUGUGCACCUUUUGCUACGCAAGUCUUAAUAAAAUGCUUUA